UUGUGCAUGUCCAUUAACUAACUUUUGCCUCUAAUAGAAACGACCUUCAAUUAUCAAGGACGAAGGAAAGGAGGAAAAACGUUCGAGCAAAAGAAUCCAAUUCAUUUCUUUUUUGUCGCUUUACCCUCCCUCUUUAGGUUUUCUUAAAGAUUUGGACGGAAUUAAUCUCGAUUUAGUCGCCGGCGGGCUUGGAUUUGUGCGUGCUCUGAGCAAUGCCUUGUCCGCUGGUUGAUCGGGCGACGAGCGAUCUCUUGAUCGGCUCCGAUUGGGCAAUGAACGUCGAGAUCUGUGACGCUAUCAACCGCGAACCUGCACUAGCCAAGGAGGUCGUUAAAGGCCUUAAAAAGCGUAUUGGACACAGGAAUCCGAAGGUUCAACUUCUUGCCUUAACACUGCUGGAGACAAUAAUUAAAAAUUGCGGGGACAUAGUCCAUAUGUAUGUAGCAGAGAAAGAUCUCCCGCAUGAAAUGGCAAAGAUAGCAAAAAAGAAGCCUGAUUUUAGUGUCAAGGAGAAGAUAUUAGUCUUAGUAGAUACUUGGCAGGAUGCUUUUGGGGGCCUACAAGCAAAAUAUCCACAAUAUUAUGCAGCAUAUCGUGAGUUACUGUGUGCUGGAGUAGUUUUCCCAAAAAGGCCCCAGAGUGCAGCACCUAUGUUUACUCCAAAGAAAAACUAUCUUACAUCCUAUCCUCAAUCUUCCCCAAGUUCCAAUUAUCGAUCAGAAGCAUCUGAGACAGCUGCUGGUUCUGACAUUCCAACUUUGAGCCUUGCAGAGAUUCAAAAUGCUCGUGGUAUUAUGGAUGUUCUCUCGGAAAUGCUUAAUGCCUUGGACCCUGGGAACAAAGAGGGAUUGGGACAGGAAGUGAUUCUUGACCUUGUUCACCAGUGUCGGUCAUACAAGCAGAGAUUGGUACAUCUUGUAAACACGAGUUCGGAUGAAGAUCUUCUUUGCCAGGGACUUGCAUUAAAUGAUGAUUUGCAGCAUGUCCUAUCCAAACAUGAUGCUCUUAAUGCAGGUGUUGCUGUUCGUAUGCAGAAAACAAAGUCUCUACAGGCACUUGUAGACAUUGAUGAUCCUGCAAUAACUAAUUCAGAUGGUAGCUCACAAACUGAUCAAAGUGGUACAAGGACAUCUUUGGCAAACACAGGUCCUCUUGUUGACCUUCUUAGUGGCGAUUUCGACACUCCUGCAGCUGAGAAUCCACUAGCCCUUGUUCCUGUUAGUGAAGCACCUGCUGGUUCUGCAACUGAGCAGAAUGCAUUAGUCCUUUCAGAUGUGUUUUCUCAAAGUAAUAAUAAUAAUGGCAAUGAUACUUCUACCGGUCCGUUCGAUUCUCUAUUAGAAACUCCAGCAGCACUGGCACAUCCUUCUUCUCCUCAACCCACCCUUUACUCUGAUGGAAACAACCCAAAUUUAGAGGUAUCCCAGUUUCAGCAGGUAGUUUAUCAAGGAGUUCCUCAUAACAAUGCAAACCCUGCGUGGAAUGGUCAAGUUGUUCAAGGCAUGAAUCUACAACAGCAACAACUAGGUGCAAAUGAUCAAGGUCUUCCUCCUCCACCAUGGGAAACUCAAAUAGUUGAAAGUAGUCAAGUCGGUGAUCCCCAGACUCUACCAAACAUAUACUCUUUGCCGAUGCACAGCCAGUUGCCAGGACCAUACUCCCAAACGAUGCAGGAUGGGCAACCUACAGCUUAUAAUGGCUACAUUCAGCAGUAUCAAACAUCACUAUAUCCUUCUUAUCCGAGUACAAAUGAGAUUUCUCAGGGGAUGUAUAGACUCUCUAUGCAAGCUAACAGUUAUCCAAAUCAAGGAUCUAGUUAUCAAAUGCCUACCUCUUCUCGUGUGCAACAGUUCAACAAGCCAGCUAAGCCUGAGGAUAAGCUGUUUGGAGAUCUUAUUACUCUGGCUAAAAUGGAGCGCAAUAAAACUGCUACUAGGGAUGCAGGGAAUUCGUAAGAUGAGAGUGGUUUGCCCUUUGUGUUUUCUUUUCCUGUUGAUUCAUUGAUUCAUUUCUUGUAUCUUCUGUAUAUUGUUAUAUAUGUUCUCGUGCUUUUAAUCAUGUAUAUGUUGUUUUUGGUAGCUGUUACGUGUAUAUAUUCUUGUGGAAAAUGAAAGUAGACAACAAGGAUCACAAUUUGGUUGAAUAUGGAUCAUAUAUACGACAGAUGACCAAGAAUAUUUGGCUCUAUAGGGCUCUGUUUAUUUCAGAAUCAGAUUCACCAAAGUUCUGUUAA